UCAUUCCCUCUCGUUCCGUUCAACUGCAAGCAAACUAGAAAAAGGUGCAACUCCUCCGUGAACAGUUUCGUCGUCAUCGUUUGUCAGAUUUUUGUCGCGAAAGUGCACCAAAAUCUUCGCGAUUUCCCGGGCUGCAAUUUCAUCAUAAAUCUGUGACGAGUUUCGCGUUGUGAUUUUUUCUUUAUCUUCGAAUUCGAUUGGAAACCGUUUUCGCCAGCCAACAUGAGUCUGGUGUGGAGUUUGAUCGCGUCCUUCCUGUACGUGGAGAUCUUCAUCGUGCUGAUGCUGGUCCUUCCGGUGGCCUCGCCCCAGCGAUGGCAGCGGUUCUUCAAGUCGCGCUUCCUGGCCAUGUUGAGCAGGCAGGCACAGACCUAUUUUUACCUGCUGCUGUUCGUGCUGGUCCUGUUCCUGCUGGAGGCCAUCCGGGAGAUGCGCAAGUACUCGCAUAAUGCAGAACCCACCGCCGAGCAGCACCUGAACGUCGGAAUGCAGCACAGCAUGCGGCUGUUCCGGGCCCAGCGCAACUUUUACAUCUCCGGCUUCGCCAUCUUCCUGUGCAUGGUCAUCCGCCGGCUCGUUUCGCUCAUCACGACCCAGGCCCAGCUGCUCGCCCAGUCCGAGGCCUCGAUGAAGCAGGCCCAGAGUGCCACCGCGGCCGCUCGCAGCCUGAUGACCCAGCAGAAGGACGGCGACGACAAGCCCAAGGACGGUGACAAGCCGAAACCGUCGGCACCGUCCGCCGACGAGGUGAAGGUUGAUGAGCUGAAGCAGCGCAUUGCCGAGCUGGAGGGAGAGCUGACCCGCGAGCGCAAAGACAAGGAAGCGAUGAAGUCCCAGUCGGAGAGCUUGAACCGCGAGUACGACCGGCUGACCGAGGAGUACAGCAAGCUGCAGAAGCGAAUCGCCAUCACCAGCAACGACAAGAGCGAUUAAGUUUGAGCAGCUUGGCGCCAGACCAAAUUUUGUUAAACUUAAGUUUUUGCUACUGGUCUUUUGUUUCGAAAAUGGUUGAAAAUCUUAAUUCAUCAUUCAUCCAAUAGUUUGGGAACAUCCUCUUGAUGUAAAGCAACUCAAUGCACGCGUGAAAGUGCGCGAAAUUAAAAACAAAUUAAGCACGCACUCACCUUAAAAUCGACUCUUAUGACUGUUUAGAGAAGCUGUGCUGUGUUUGUAGGGAAACAAAAAAAAAUAUAAUUCGAGUGGACAAGACACAGAACUAUUUAGCCACACGAUCUAAACAAUACGACACACAUCCCAAAUAGAUUACAAAUUUGGUGGGGAUUAACGGGAAUGUUAAAAAUGGUAAGAGAACUCUGUAAUUUAACACAUGAUGGAAUAAACCUCUUAAUUUAACUAA